AUGGCAGUCCUCUCGGUAAUUCCCGAGGUCGAGGUUACCGUCCGUGUCAACGGCGAAGCGGCGACCGAGUACGAAGCCUGGGGCAUAUACGACGUGACCGACGAAGACGAUAUGUCCGUCAGCCCGGCGAACACAUCUAUGAAGUUCAUCGAGUGCGUCGACGACGGCACGUUCCUCAUCUCUCUCAAGGUCAGCGAGGAUUACGACUGGGACUUCGAGGACCACUGCCUCUACUUCUCUCUUUACAUCGACGGCAACUGGGUCAAGAGCGAAUACUGCUGGCAGCUUGGGGGCGAAAGCGGCGACUGGGACCGCCUUAUCAACUACCGUAUCACCAAAGACGACCUUGGUAACUUCGCUAAGCAGUCCUUUCGCUUCGCCAGACUCGCGGGUGUCGAUGGCGAUGCCAUGGACCUUGACGGCCCCGACUCCUACAUCUCGGACCUCGACCAGAUCGACGAUAUAGGCGUCAUCGAGGUCCGAGUCUGCCGCGGCCUCGAAGGACAGCCGGCUAAUCAGUAUCCGCUUCCUCAAGACAAGAACCCUCCUGAUAGCCGAGUCUUGCAGGACGCGUUUGAUAAAUUGGACCUCACUCAUCGAACCAAAUACACGGAGCCGGUCCGGAUGAUCAGCACCCCUAUGCACUCCGAGUGCACCCUCCUCCCUAAGGAACGAGGACCCGUCGGCUGGUACUUCUUUCUGUAUCGCUCUUCUGAAAAACUGGUCAGCAAAAGAAUCAAGCCCGCCGUGCAGGUGCCUGUCGUGGAGGAGGCGAGUGAGGAAGUGCAGGCCAUGUUCCGCUUCCACGGCCCCGGAACCGGCGACUCAUCGCCGGUCCACCACAACUUCGCGCCGACGCCGGCACCCUUGAUGGCCGACCCCUCGGGCGCCGCCUCGCCAAUAUCAUUCUUCGGCAACCCCUCUGAGUCGGAGCACUCGAACCGAGAGUCGGACUCUACGAUGGAGGAGUCAGAGGACGAAGAAGAAGAAGAAGACGAAGACGAUGGCGACGACGAAGACGACGAGAUGCUCCUCCCUCCCCACUCAGCCCACUACACCGUGACCUACAACGAGCAAGGCAAUGAAGUUAUCGAAAUCCUUGAUGACGAUGACGACGAUGACAACGCCGCUCCCGCUGAAGACUACACUGGCCGUCGCUACGUCAACUCCGACGGUGAAUACGAAGUUGAUGAAGAAGACCUCAUCGAUCACGAGCAGAUCAACAUAGCCUUCGAAGGCAUCCAAGAGCACUAUGCCGACGACGCCAAGGACUUGGACUACGUCCCUUAG